AUGACGGGGCGGAUUUUGGUGCUUGGCCACUCUCCGACGCUCUCGUACCUUGGGUGGGUGUUUUCCGGAUCAAAUUACCACCUUACAGUAUGUCUUUUGAAGAAAUCCGUUAGCAAGACGGGGCCAGAACCCUGGCUUUUAUUUAGACCCAAUAUCGAAGAUCCACUAGUGUUCCAUCCGAACCAGACAUACGAGACAAUCGAGCAGUUGAGUAUGUAUAACGGGCCGGCAUUUGACUUUGUAUUUUUUGAUUAUUAUUAUUGGCAACAUUAUAAAAAUACGUUAAUGAAGAUGAUUGGGUUUGGGUCGAUAAUUUUGGUUGAUGUUAGAGAGGAUCCUUGGUUAUACGAGAAAGUGCAAGCCCAGUUGAGUCAAUAUGCGGUGUUGGCAAUAAGUUCUGAAAUUGAUUGUAGAAUUAUUAAUGAAAAUUUAAAAGUUUUGCAACUUGUUUGUUUGGGAGAAAUGAGAAUUGGGGUUCCAAUGGCCGGGAUCCAGAAUCCAUUAACAUUCAAUGCAAUUGAAAUCCCCGAUUCAAUAAUGGGGGCAAAAUUAUCGGAUUUGACCCUGACUUAUAAAAAAAACCACGAAAAUCAACAUUGGAUUAAAAUAAUUUCUUAUGGGUUUCACGAAAAACUUAUUAGAGUCAUUUGGAAAAAAUUGUUCACUAUGAUGUGUUUCCACGUCCCCACGGUUAUCUUUGGAGAUCAUAACCUCAACUCAUUAAAGAAUAUUGCUACAUCAAAGAAUAUGAUGCAAGAAAUUUUCCAAGAAUUGAUAUUAAUUUGUAAUGAAUUGAAAAUUGAAGGUAUUUCAAAUAGCUUAUUUGGUCAUUUAAAUUUAUUAGAAAACUUGAAGGAAUGGAAUCGAAUUGCUGCUAUUUCAAAUAAACCUUUUCUACCUUCUUCAAUUAUUGCAAAUCCAUUAUACUAUGAUUUUAGUCAAGGCAGAGGUUUAAAUAUUGGAUCGAUUUUAUCGAAUAUUUCAUCUCUUAAUAUGGAACUAAAACAAUUCAGUUCAAUCAGUCUCAUUUUCACUAUUUUAUUCCAUAUUAGAUUUGGUCAAUCAAAUUUAUUCCAACUCAAAAGGAAUAAAUCUCCUUUUACCCAAACCGGAAUUGUUAAUGGGAUAUUACCAAAUAAGAAUAUGAUGAAUUACGCACCGUUUAACCCGUUACCACCGCCGGUGUUCAUUGGGAUGGUUUUGAUAGACGAAAAAGACGAAUACGAAGACUUAAAAGAUUUAAUCAAGGGAACUGAAGACUUUACUUAUGGUGAAGAAUUCCAUGAUGCUCCUCCAGCACCACCCCAACAGUCUCUACCACCAGCACCACCCCAGGCUUUACCAGCACCCCCACAGUCUCUACCUCUACCACCACCCCAGGCUCUACACCCACCAGCUUUACCGGCGCCCUUUCCCACUAAGCACAGAACAAAGAAGCCGUUCGUUCAUAUGCAUCCAAUCACAUACACCAAUAGCGAAAUGCUUCGGUCCCACACCGAAAUGCUCGAUGCUCUUAAGUUCAAUAGGCUAAUGGACACCUCCACCUCAAGUAGAUACGGCGACUUGGAUACCUCUACUGCAAUUCUACAUAGUGCCAAUAGCAGCAGAGGUAGUGGAUCAAGCUUUCCAAAAAAAAAUACGCACUAA